AUGGCGGACCUCCUCGGUUCAAUCUUAAACUCGAUGGAAAAACCUCCAACAGUCGGCGACCAGGGCCGACGAAAGGCUCGAGAGCAAGCAGCAAGACUCAAGAAGAUGGAGGAAGAGGAGAAAAGAAAGACAGAGUUCAGGAAGAAGAUGGAGAAAGAGGUGUCGGAUUUCAUCCAAGACAGUUCACAACAGAAAAGAAAAUAUAAUCCCAUGGGAAAGAUUGAAAGGAGUAUAUUGCAUGAUGUUGCAGAAGUGCUGGUUUGACGUCUUUUUCUUUUGGGGGAGGAUGAAGAGAGCCGUUACGUCAUGCUUUUCAAGAAGGAGUUUGCUCCAUCAGAUGAGGAGCUGGAAGCCUAUCGUAAGGGGGAGGAGUGGGAUCCCCAGCUGGCAGAACAGCGGCGCAGACUUAAAGAACAGGCUGCACUGGAACAAGCAGCAUCCAGCCAGACAGAAAAGUCGCAAGCAUGCCCCAACUCCAACUACAGAGACAAGUACAGUCACCUGAUUGGCACUUCAGCUGCAAAAGAUGCUGCACAUACACUUGAGGCUAACAGGGCUUACGGCUGCGUGCCGGUGGCCAACAAGAGGGACACUCGCUCCAUAGAAGAAGCCAUGAAUGAAAUCAGAGCAAAGAAACGGCAGAAGCGAGAGGACGACACGGGGGCGCGGAGCAGCAGUUCAUGAGUCUCCAGCACUUCUGCUGUCUGUCUGUCUGCUGUUUGUGUGUGCGUGUGCGAGCACAUAAGUGCAUCUGGUGUUCUCAUUCAUCCUAAAUGCAAUAUCCUGUACAUCAGACAUAUAAAAGUUUAAGUUAUGUAACGGGCCUUGAAGCAAGUGUUUUAUGACGCUCUGUGACCAAGACCGCUUGCUUACUGGAGGAUGUUCAAGUGUGUGAGCCAGGAGCUGGGUUGUUUAACACGUUUAACAGUUAGCUGCGCGCUUCUGUUAAGUAUUCACACACACAUUUGGACCAUUACAGUGUAAGAAACAUGUUGUCUGGGGUUCAGGUACAUAAAAACACCCGAAAACAUCAUGAUUUAAUUAAAAAAUUUUUUUAGCUGGUUGAACCAUGGCUGUGCAGGAUGACGUUUUAAAAAAUUUUGGUAGGUGUAGUUGAGAUCUCCACUGACAGUGUGCAGAAUAUCCAGUGCAAUUUUUAAAACCGUAAUCUCGUGUGUUUUAGCAAGUUUGUUGAAUUUUUCUUUUGUCUCAACCUCUUUCAGAACUUUAUAAGGUGGAAGCGUACCAUUCGGUCUGUCAUAGGAGAAAACCCUUUUUUAGAUAUUGCAGUUUUGUUUCUUUCUGUAAAUCUGCACUGAUGGUGUAUUAUUCUGUAACUCCAAUGUAAAUGUUUUAUUAUAAAGCCAUGGGAUUGCUUACAAAAGGCAUCAUAAUAGGAGUUAGGAGUACCAGAUUUCUUGUUAGGAUAUUCUUCUCUCAGUUAUUUUUUUUCUAUUUUAUUCCAUGUCUUUUGUUUGUCAUAAACAAGCACUGAGUCGAGCAGUACUUUCCUGCAUCUUAGUGUCUCUUUUAACAUGGUUGUAUGUUUUAUCCCCACAUGUAUUAAUAAACGGAGAAAAGUAUUGCAUUUU